UAUACAUUAUAUACAAAACUCGUCUGCAUCAAUAAUAUAGCUGUGUGUAUAAGCAAACAUGGGUGCUCCUCCUUCAAAGGCUCUCGUUUUUCUUGGCUUUGCUUUUGCUGCUUUCUUUCUCUUCUCCACCCACGUCUCAGCAGCUCAGACGGAGGAACUAAUUACAGACCUCCACGAGCACGGCCAUGACCAUGGACACGGCCAUUUCGGACAUGGUCAUGACCAUCACGGCGGACAUGGUCCUGGUGGCCACCCAGAUCAUGGAGAUGCCAAUGGAAUUGGGUUUCGCAGUGAUCAUUCUGGACGUGGAGACGAGCAUAGCCUCCCCCGUAUACCAGGCCGCGGAGACCACCAUAAACCCGGCCAUGGACAAGGCGGUCAUCCCGGACAUGGUGCCGCCGGUCAGACUCGUGAUUGAAGAAACUAAAUACUAAAUCUAUGUUGUAAUGAUUAAAUAGUACUGUGUUCUACCAUAGAAAUAAGUUGGUCUCUGCUCAUGCCAUGCAUGGAUCAACAUGGAUGAUUAGUAGAGAAUAAUGAGAGGUUACUCCAAUUAAUGGGUUAUAUUAUCUUUCUUUGUUGUAUCUAUAGCUUUUAUAUAUUAUCACUUCCUUUUCUAAAUCAAUUC